AGAAAUUAUUGCAUUCAAGAUUUCAAUCUCAAUAAAAAAAAAAAAACCCACCUGAGACUCAGAGAGAAUUUCAAGGACAUAAAAAAAAAAGAAAGGCAAUAAUGGAGUUUUCUUCGAAAAUCCAACAUUAAUUUUCCCUCUGCUUCUGCCUGUGUUUCUGUUUUCUUCCUUCCAAUUCUCUCGUUUCAGUUACAAAGAAGCUGCCAAUUUUUUUUUUGUCAAAAACGAAGCUGCCAUUUGGCAAACACAAUCUUUGGUCCCCAGCUACGUUCUCCCUGUUUCUGUUAUUAUUUUAAGCAUUUCCCAGAUUCAAAAUCCUCGCCUCUGAUCUCUCAUUUUCUUUCUCUUCAAGCAGAGGAAUUCCCAGAUACAGAAUUCUCAUUUAGAUUUCACGAGAUUGCCUCAGUUCUCUGGACUGUUAUCUAAAAGCAUUUCAGAGUUGGUCAUAUUCCCAUGAAGGAGUUCAUUUCAUAUGGAGGCUACUGAAAAAUGCAGACUUGAUGAGUGAGUGGAACAGCUAUUUCUUGCUGGGUUUCAUCUUGUAUAUUUUUGGUUGUAGACUCAGAAGAUUUGGACUAUAAUGCGUCUUCCCAUCCGUAGCAGUGGAUAUACAAGAAAACCUAACGAGAUGAUGAGGCUUUUCAUGACAACUUUUGUUGGAAUUAUUUUUGGCUUCUUUUUAGGAAUAUCAUUUCCAACACUCUCACUAUCUAAGAUCAAUCUUCCAUCCAGCCUAUUUCCUUCCAUUGAUCUCACGUAUAUUGAGGACAAGUACUCUGGUCUUUCAACCCAAGCACUGUUCAAUGCUUGGUCGUCUCUAAAGGGCAACAAAGCCAACUCUCCACUUCACAUAUAUAAUGAUACAAAGAUAUGGGUUCCAACAAAUCCUCGAGGAGCUGAGAGAUUACCUCCUGGUAUAAUAGAGUCUGAAUCAGAUUUCUACCUCCGUCGAUUGUGGGGUCUGCCUGAAGAGGACUUGGCCACCAAACCAAAGUAUCUGGUUACUUUUACGGUUGGUUAUGAUCAGAAAAAUAAUAUUGAUGCAGCAAUUAGAAAGUUCUCAGAUAACUUCACCAUUCUGUUAUUUCAUUAUGAUGGUCGGACAACAGAAUGGGAUGAGUUUGAGUGGUCAAAGCGAGCCAUCCACGUGAGUGCUUCGAAGCAAACAAAGUGGUGGUAUGCCAAACGUUUUCUACAUCCUGACAUUGUUGCACCCUAUGACUAUAUUUUUAUGUGGGAUGAGGAUCUUGGGGUAGAGCAUUUUGAUGCAGAGGAAUACAUUAAACUGGUAAGGAAACAUGGUCUGGAGAUUUCACAGCCUGGUUUAGAUCCUGAUAGAGGGACAACAUGGGCAAUGACAAAGAAGAGAGAUGACUCUGAAGUUCACAAGGAUACUGAAGAGAAGCCUGGUUGGUGUACUGACCCGCACUUGCCACCUUGUGCAGCAUUUGUUGAGAUUAUGGCGACUGUGUUUUCUCGGGAUGCAUGGCGUUGUGUUUGGCAUAUGAUUCAGAAUGACUUGAUUCAUGGAUGGGGUUUAGAUUUUGCUCUGAGGAAAUGUGUUGAGCCUGCUCAUGAGAAAAUAGGGGUCGUAGAUGCUCAAUGGAUUGUUCAUCAAGGUGUUCCUUCACUUGGGAACCAGGGGAAAGCAGAGAGUGGUAGGGCACCAUGGGAAGGGGUGAGGGAGAGAUGUCGAAAAGAAUGGGAUAUGUUUCAAAAUCGAAUGACUAAUGCAGAGAAAGCCUACUUUCAGGCAAUGGGAAUUGAUCCUGCCAAUUCAACAACUCGUUAGAGGGAUGGCAGUGAUGGCUACAAGAAUAUUUUAUAAAAUAACCACAUCUAAUCUACUUGCAGAACUCACAUCCAUGUUUAUGCAGUUUCCACAAUGAUAAUGUGUCGUGGCUGGUUUAGUAAGCAUAUAUCCCUGUUUCAUAUUUACCAGUUCUUUCACUGAAAAUUGCAAUGCUUCAUUCAUUUUCUGUAUUCAUUAACGUAAUUUUUUGUGGCCUUCUAAGUGUCUUUGUUCUGGGAAUCAAUCCCCAUAGUUCAUAUCACCUGUAAUUGUGAACAACCUUAUGGAGUUAUAUUUACUAUUUAGGUGUAAUGGAAGAGCUGACCUGUAGCCUUGAGCAAAUUAACUAGACAAAUUUAUGUAUUCUGAUGACUCGGGCAAGAAAGGUUCAGAAGUUUAAAAUCA